GAAACCGACAAAACUGCUAACAUUGAUUGGUAGCUAGCUCGGGGUUCUCUAGAAGACAAUUUCAAAUAGCUGCGUUUCAGGACUUUGCCAGUCCCACACAGCAGCUACCAUGGGGGUAGCGCUGACGAGAGCAGCGCAAUGGACCACAGCAAGUUCUGGGACUGGAAAACUGGAGAUCACUCCAGCCAACGAGUCUCUGCUGAAAGAGAUCCUGGAGUUUGUGGAACAGUUCAGCUCCAGACACCCUCAGGAGGCCAAGCAUGUGUUCAAGGAGCCGUUGCAGUGGAUUACCUCUUUGGAGGCUUCUGAUUUCAAAACAGAGUAUGACAUAAGUGGCCCGGCUGUAAAGUCACAGGAAACAGACAGGGAUGGGCAUCCUAUGUUGCAGCUCACCCCUCCGAGCAUUUCUGUGCACAGCUUCAGUCAGCUGUCCAAAAUAGUGCAGCUGGCAACAGAUAAGAAGCUCAAGGAGGUCCGAGCUUGCCUGGAAGCCAACAGAGACCCUGUUGCGAAGAUGCUGGGACCUAGCUUCGCCACAGUGGAGGGGGAGGACAGCUCUGUGCUGCGUCUCCUGGAGGAGGUAAAGGAGGGGGACCAGGCCAAGGAGACUGAGAUCAAAGUGAAGCUGAUCAUCCUACUGCAGCAGCUGGACACUCAGCUCCUCAGCAACUCCCUCAAGCAGAUCUCCCAGGAGGUUAGGCUCAGUCCUGCCGCAGUGAAGAAUGAUGUUGAGCUGCUGAAAAGCUUCUGCAGUGAAGGGGAGAAAAGGGUGUUGACGUCUGUUCAAUACACAUCAGAUUAUGAGUUCACCAAUGGCUGUCGAACUCCUCCUUGGAGGCAGGUGCAUGGUGAGAUCUGCUACCUAGUGAUAAAGCCGUGUGACACUCAGCCCCUGCACAUCACCUGCAGCACAGCUGGAGUCUUUCUCAACGGGGGCAUAAGGCAGGAGGGUGAGGAAAAUGCCUAUGACAGAACAAGCGAUGUCUACAGAGACCUGGUAACCCUUCUGAAAAGCAAGUCUCCCCAUUUUGCAGAGAACAUAAAUAAACAGGAUUUUGCCGUUCAAGAAGAACCUCCAACACAAAAGGUCCAACAUGUGGAAUUGGUUGAUGCAGAGGAACAAGGCCAACCCCAGAGGUCUUACGAGCAUCAGGAAAAGAAUGUGCAUGAGAAGGCGAGACAACAGCUUGUGCAAAACAAGCCAGGCGGCAAAAAGAAAUUAGAACCAUCUUUGAAAUGGAAGAACCUCGGCCUCGCGUCUCCCUAUGAUGAAGCAGAUGACAAGAAAUCGAAAAAGAAUGCAGUGAGUGAAAAGUUAGCCGAGGCACGGGAGAAGAUGCAGAAGAAAGCCGAUGUCUCUGUGUCCUCCUUACCUGGUCGGCAGUCGUCUAAUAAAACUAAGACCCCGGGAGGAGCUGGUGGCGCCGAUGACUUCAGUGAGAGUUCAUCAGAGAGUGAGGAGGAUGAGGAGCAGCCAGAGCGCCGCACGGAGAGCAACACAGACCUGCCCUCAGAGUACUGGCAGAUCCAGAAACUGGUCAAGUACCUCAAGGGAGGCAACCAGACGGCCACUGUGAUUGCUCUGUGCUCCAUGAGGGACUUUAAUUUAGCCCAGGAGACGUGCCAACUGGCCAUCCGGGAUGUAGGUGGCCUUGAAGUCCUCAUUAACUUGCUGGAUACAGAAGAAAUCAAAUGCAAAAUUGGCUCUCUGAAGAUUCUGAAGGAGAUCAGCCGUAACUCUCAGAUCCGCCGGGCCAUCGCUGACCUGGGGGGCCUGCAGACCAUGGUGAAGAUCUUGGACUCCCCAGACAAGGACCUAAAAUACCUGGCCGCAGAGACCAUCGCCAACGUGGCCAAGUUCAGACGGGCCAGAAGGACAGUCAGACAGCAUGGAGGGAUCAAGAGACUGGUAGAGUUACUAGACUGCGUGCCUGACUCGGCGGCCCUGACAGAGGAGCAGGAGAAGGACGUGGAGGUGGCUCGCUGCGGGGCCCUGGCCCUCUGGAGCUGCAGUAAAAGCACCAGGAACAAAGAGGCCAUCCGCAAGGCCGGGGGCAUCCCUCUUCUGGCUCGCUUGCUCAAGUCUCCCCACGAGAACAUGCUCAUCCCUGUCGUGGGAACCCUGCAGGAGUGUGCCUCCGAGAGAAGUUACAGGAUUGCCAUCCAGACGGAGGGUAUGAUUGAGGACUUGGUGAAAAACCUCAACUGUGACAACCACGAGCUGCAGAUGCACUGUGCCAGUGCCAUCUUCAAGUGUGCAGAAGACAAGCGUACCCGUGACCUGGUGCGUCAGUGCGAGGGCCUGCAGCCCCUGGUGACUCUGCUGAGCCAGGCAGACAACAAGCAGCUCCUGGCUGCCACCACUGGGGCCAUCUGGAAGUGCUCCAUCAGCAUGGAGAACGUGGCGAAGUUCCAGGAUUACAAGGCCUUGGAGACCCUGGUGGGUCUGCUGACAGACCAGCCUGAGGAGGUGCUGGUGAACGUGGUCGGUGCGCUGGGCGAGGGGGCCCAGAAACCUGCUAACAGGGCCACCAUCAGGAAGUGUGGAGGCAUCCAGCCCCUGGUCAACCUGCUGACGGGAACCAACCAGGCCCUGCUGGUCAACGUCACCAAGGCUGUGGGAGCCUGCGCCACCGAGCUUGAGAAUAUGACGAUCAUUGACCGUCUGGAUGGAGUGCGUCUGCUCUGGUCCUUGUUGAAAAACCCAAACCCAGAUGUCCAGGCCAGUGCUGCAUGGGCUAUUUGUCCAUGCAUUGAAAAUGCAAAGGAUUCAGGGGAAAUGGUGCGCUCAUUUGUCGGUGGAUUGGAACUGAUUGUUAAUUUGCUGAAAUCAACAAACAAAGAGGUACUGGCGAGCGUGUGUGCCGCCAUAGCCAAAAUAGCCAAAGACGAAGAGAAUCUGGCAGUCAUCACUGACCACGGGGUUGUACCGAUGCUGGCCAAGCUGACAAACACAACUGAUGAUAAGCUGCGUCGUCACCUGGCUGAGGCCAUUGCCCGUUGCUGCAUGUGGGGCAGUAACAGGGUGUUGUUUGGGGAGGCGGGGGCCGUGGCCCCCCUCGUCCGUUACCUGAAAUCCAAGGACACCUCAGUCCACCAGGCCACAGCUCAGGCCCUUUUCCAGCUCUCCAAGGACCCCAACAACUGCAUCACCAUGCACGACAACGGAGUGGUCAAGCUCCUGUUGGGUAUGAUGGGCUCCACUGACGAGGUCCUUCAGGAAGCUGCCGCUGGCUGUGUGGCUAACAUCCGCCGCUUGGCCCUGGCCAAUGAAAAGGCACGAUACCCCACCACUGUUCCUGAGAGUGAAGCAGUUUAGAGCAUGUACUGUGCAGUCACAUUCCUUACGCAAUCCACACGAGACACUGAUAUCUAAACAAGACCACAUCUGGCUGUGUUACUCACUUCAACACAAGCACCUUAAAACUGUAAAUAUGUCUGCGAAACACAGACACAACCUCCAAUGAGCCCUUGAGAUAUUGGAAACAAUGCAUUGUUGUGUCAGUAUAUUAUAUGAGCUGAGCUUAUUUGCCCAACAGUGGGUCUGUCUGUAUGCAACUCAAGAUACUCAGAAAUUCAAUCUACAUUGACAUAAAUGGGCAAAAUACAGAGAUAAUAUUGCAUAAUGCAAUAGAAGGUCCCUCCUGCACUAAAAAUAUGAAUCUAAACGUGUAAUUGGUACACGCAGUUUCCUAUUAAUCACAAUUACUUAAUGUAUUUUCCUGUUGCAUUAUGGGUAGGCAUAGUCAUUAUAAGUAAUUGGGAAAAUGUAUGUAUAUACAGUACCAGUCAAAAGUUUGGACAUACCUACUCAUUCAAAGGUUUUUCUUUAUUUUUACUAUUUUCUACAUUGUUGAAUAAUUGUGAAGACGUCAAAACGAUGAAAUGACACAUAUGGAAUCAUGUAGUAACCAAAAAAGUGGUAAACAAAUCAAAAUAUAUUUUAUGUAGCCACUAGCCACUCUUUGCCUCGAUGACAGCUUUGCACACUCUUGGCAUUCUCUCAACCAGCUUCAUGAGAUAGUCACAUGGAAUGCUUUUCCAACAGUCUUGAAGAAGUUCCUACAUUUUGAUGAGCUCUUGUUUGCUUUUCCUUCAUUCUGUGGUCCAACUCAUCCCAAACCAUCUCAAGUUGUUCUAGACCUCAGCUGAAUCUGGUAAUGAAUGGUGUGGCUGUUGAACAAGUUUAGGUGACUAAAUUACUUGCUAUUACUUUAGAUUGUAAACUGUCAUGGUCAAAACAUAUAGAUUCAAUGGUUGUAAAGAUGGGGAGAGGUCUGUCCGUAAUAAAGAGAUGCUCUGCGUUUUCGACACCACACUCCAAAAAGCAAGUUCUGCAGGCUCUAGUUUUGUCUAAGCUUGAUUAUUGUGUGGUCCAGUGCUGCAGGGAAAGACCUAGUUAAGCUGCAGCUGGUCCAGAACAGAGCAGCACGUUUAGCUCUUAAUUGUAAUCAGAGGGCUGAUAUAAAUACUAUGCAUGCCAGUCUCUCUUGGCUACGAAUUGAGGAGAGACUGACUGCAUCACGUCUUCUCUUUAUAAGAAACAUUCAUGUGUUGAAAAUCCCAAAUUGUUUGCAUAGUCAACUUACACACAGCUCUGACACACACACUUAUCCCACCAGACAUGUCUUUUCACAGUCCCCAAAUCCAGAACAAAUUCAAGAAAGCGUACAGUAUUAUAUAGAGCCCUUAUUGCAUGGAACUUCCUUCCAUCUCAUAUUGCUCAAAUAAACAGCAAACCUGGUUUCAAAAAACAGAUAAAGCAACACCUCUCCCCUAUUGGACCUAGAUAGUUUGUGUGUAUGUAUUGCUAUGUAGGCUACGUGUGUCUUUAAAAAAAAUAUAUGUAGGUCUGUUCUUGUCUUGAUGUUCUGUAUUAUGUUUCAUGUUUUGUGUGGACCCCAGGAAGAGUAUCUGCUGCUUUUGCAACAGCUAAUGGGGAUCCUAAUAAAAUACCAAAUACUAAAAUUGGGUUGAGGUCAGGUGAUCUCCUUCUUGGUCAAAUAGCCCUUACAUAGCCUGGAAGUUUGUUUUGGGUCAUUGUCCUGUUGAAAAACAAAUGAUAGUCCCACUAAGUUCAAACCAGAUGGGAUGGCGUAUCGCUGCAGAAUGCUGUGGUAGCCAUGCUGGUUAAGUGUGCCUUGAAUUCUAAAUAAAUCACAGACAGUGUCACCAGCAAAGCACCUCCAUGCUUUGCUGUGGUAACCACACAUAUGGAGAUCAUCCUUUCACCUACUCUGCAUCCAGAAAUCUCCAAUUUGGACUCCAGACUAAAGGACAAAUUUCCACCGGUCUAAUGUCCAUUGCUCGUGUUUCUUGGUCCAAGCAAGUCUCUUCUUAUUGGUGUCCUUUAAUAGUGGUUUCUUUGCAUCAAUUUGACCAUGAAGGCCUGAUUCACGCAGUCUCCUCUGAACAGUUGAUGUUGAGAUGUGUCUGUUACUUGAACUCUGUGAAGCAUUUAUUUGUGCUGCAAUUUCUGAGGCUGGUACCUCUAAUGAACUUAUCCUCUGCAGCAGAGGCAACUCUGGGACUUCCAUUCCUGUAGCGGUCCUCAUGAGAGCCAGUUUCAUCAUAGCGCUUGAUGGUUUUUUGAUUUGUUUAACAAUUGUUUGGUUACUACAUGAUUCCAUAUGUGGUAUUUCAUAGUUUUGAUGUCUUUACUAUUAUUCUACAAUGUAGAAAAUAGUUCAAAUAAAGAAAAACCCUUGAAUGAGUAGGUGUUCUAACUUUUGACCGGUAGUGUAUAUACACAUCUCAGAACCAAAACUCUAGUGUGGCUUCUGCUCGACAAUACCCUUUAAAUGACUCAUAAACAACUGGAUUUUUUUCAUAACUGCUCUGCUGCUUUUUCAUACAAAUAAUGACAUGAACUUAAAAAAGAGAGAAUAGAUUGCUUUUUAUUGAAGAGAAUACAAAACAUAACAAAAGAGAAGGGAUUGGAUGAGAAUGGAUUUCUGCUUAAGCUCAGACAUCCCUACCACUGUAGUCGGAAACUUAAUGAGUGAGUGUGACCUCCUUUACCACCUCCGUCUUGUGUCCCGUGUCCUUAGAAAAAACAAACAUUUCAGUUUUCAUUGUUUCACCCUGCAACCUGGACUCAGGGGUAGACGUAGUAUAGUAAACAAAAAUCUGGGACAUCAAAUUUGUAUGAUAUGUACAGUCAAAUUUCCUGCCAGUUCUUCUCUACGGUGACACCAUUUCUGGGAAUGCAGCAGCCACUACUCUUAAACCUUUGGAUUCCUUGGUGCCACUAGGGCAGUUUAAAACCCUGAUGAUAAAUGAGUCCACUGAGGUGUGCAAUUGUUUUGAUUGAUUGACUUUAAAAAUGUGUUUAUGAUGCCUGUAAUGUACUUUAUAUUUUAUCUUGUAGUUUUACCUUUUAUUUCAUGUCCCCAGGGCACCAUUGAAAAUGAGACCCUGUUCUCAAUUGGGCUCCCCUGAUCCUUUAGAGUCUAAGCCAUUACUGCUAUUAGCCCAUAAAAACACAUUAAAUUACAGAUUCAUACUGUACAUGGAAAAACAGUCAGAAAAUAAAUAAAAUGACUUCUUUAAAAAAUA